UACCCCAAGCACGUCUGGUCGCCUGCUGGUGGUUGGUACGCCCAGCCUGCCAACUGGCGUGCCAACACACUCAUCGCCGGAGCUGCCAUGUUCGGCAUCGUCGCCAUUACGUGGAAGUUCAGCGCCGACAGGGAACGAUGGGCGCACAAGCCGGAGCCGUGGGAGUGGCAUCCUAGCCGAUACUGGUCAAAGCAGUUGAUUGAGUGGGACAAGGAGGACAAGCUGAAGGCGGCCAGCAGCACUAAGGAGUAG